AUGGAGAGCGAGCUGGAGGCGCUGGCGGGUCAGCCCGUGCGCCCUGCCGAGCCGCCCUUCCAGGCGCUGGUGGAGGCGGCCGGGGGCCGCGGGCAGGUGCUGCUGGUAGGCGAGCUGUGGGAGCGCGAGCCCAGCCGCGCGCAGCUGCGGGACUUCGCGCGCGCCCUGUUCCCGUCCGAGCCGGCGCGGGCCAAUCCUGGCAGCGACGCGGGCGCGGAGCCGGGGACGGCGCGCGGGGCGCCGGUGGCACGGGGCACGCCCGGGCCGGCCGCCCGCGCCAUCCGCUCGCCGCUGGUCUUCGUGCUGUGCCGCGCCGCGUCGCUGGCCGCCCGGGGGCCGCGGCGCCGCCUGCGCGAGAUGCUGCGGGACGUGCGCGGUCGGCGGCCGGCCGGCGCGGCGCUAGUAGGGGUGCUGGUGGCCGAGGCCGGGCCGGAGGAUGCGGUGGCGCCGGCGCUGCGGCUGCUGGAGGCGCUGCUGCGCGCAGUGUUCGGCCGUCAGACUGGGGGCCCAGUGCAGGCGGCCGCCUACUGCCCCGGCCGCCCGGCCUCCAGCCUGGCUGUCCAGGCGGCUGCCUGCAGGGCCCUGCAAGCCGCUGGGCCCGGGCAACUAGGUGAGGGAGCCGGAGAGAGACCGGGCCUCCCAGGACUGCUGGCCUGCUUUUCCUGGGGUCCGUGGAGCCGGAGGAAAGACAGGGCUGAUGCCUCCUCCAACGACCCAGCUCAGGAUAUCUUCCGGGACCCUGAGGAGGAGCUGGCACUGACGUCCGUAUUUCCCAACGGAGACUGCGAGGAUGCCGGAACAAAGACCAGACUCUGUGAUGGAGUCCACACUCUCGCAGAGUCCUCUGGAGACUCAAGAUGAAGGCUGGCUCCUGGGCUGCCCCCAGCUCUGCCCCUACAGACUGCGCAAUGUUAAACUCCUCUGAGCUCCAUGUUGACCUUGGGAUGGCGGUAACUACAAAUGCUCUGUCUGCCAAGGGUCUGCCACAUUCAUGGACUAAGCUGAGCAGGACCUCCGAAAACUUCUCCCCCGGGGACCUGCUCCCCACUUAGUGUUUGCUUGCUCUGUGCCGUUGAGACAGAUGGUGGCUCCAAGGUGCCAUGGGAUCCCAUGGCACAUAAGUGAGCAGCCAUCAUUUUCAGUACAACUGGAAGGAACUCUGGACAGGAAGUUGUCAUAUCUGGGGGUGUGGCCUUGCGCACGUCAGUCAGCCUUUGGGGCUUUUGUUCCCAAAAGCUUGAGGUGGUUACCAGCCCAGUGGUUGUCCUCAGCCAGGGGCCGUGCUGCUCUCCAGACAUCAUUGGAAAAGAGAGACAGAGAGAGUGUGUGUGUGUUUGUGAGGGAGGGUGUGUGUGUGUGUGUAUGUGUGUGAGGGAAAGGGUGUCACCACGACUGUGGGGUACCCUUGAGUUUAGUUCCCCACAACAAAGAAUUAUUUCCGCUCAAAAUGCCAAUUGAGGCCCCUUGGGGAAACUACAGGAGCCCUGAUGGUAUGGUAGUUAAGCAGUCAGCUGCUAACCGAAAGGUUGGCAGUUGGAACGCACCGGCCACUCCCUGGGAAAAAGAUGUGGCAGUCUGCUCCUGCAAAGAUCACAGCCUUGGAAACUCUAUGGGGCAGUCCUGCUCUGUCCUAUAGGGUCGCUGGGGGUCAGAAUCAACUUGACAGCAGCGGGUUUGGUUUUGGGUUUGGAGAAACUCUGGACAAGCCAAUCCCUUCUCCCUGUCAAACUCUAGAAUGAGCCCCCCAGACCACAGAGGGUGGAGCUGGGCUUCUGGAACCUGGCUCUCGGAACAAGCCAGAGUAAAGGCCCCACCUUUGCCCUGGAGACCCAUCAAGUUGUAGUUGGGUGGGCAGGGAGCCCAAGGAGCUCUGUGUGCUCAGGCCCAGGACAGAAACGGCCACGCAGGCCUGGGAGAAGAAAGGGCCCUCCUGCUUCCUUAUGUUGACACAGACUUUCUCUGCCAAGCCCUUUGAGCGUAAGGAUGCUGGGAGCUGCCCAGGUCAUCACAUAGAGGAAAGUUAGGGGCAUGGGACACACAGGCUAGGGGUUUGCUAUAGAUCAUAAGUCCUCAUCCAAGGUGAAACCAGACCCGUCCAGAGGUACCCUGAGCCCCUGACCUGUGUCUGUGUCAGGCAGGGGCGAUGACAUUCACUUCCAGAGGGAACACCACCCUAUCUUUCUGGCUGCCUCUGGAGAAAUCCAGAGCCUUUGGAAUGGCAGAGGCAGCUCCUGGUUUACCCUAGCAGGAUACACCGUCUAAAGGAAGUCACUGGUGCCAUGCAUUCACACGCGACACCCUCAGCAGACACAAGUCAUGCCUGCUGCCUGCCUGGCGCCCUGCAAGGCGCUGCAUAAGUUCGGUGACGUAUUUCAGCUCUUUCUGAUGGAGCCAAAAUGUGGAAUGAGAAAACCAUGGCAGAUGGGCUCUAUGAUAUUGAGCAACACUUCCUGCUCGGUGCCUGGAUUUCUUCUGCAUACUAAGGAGCUUUGUCCUGUCCCCUCUCUGCCUCAUGGCGAUAGUGUGAGGAUGGGCAGGAUGGUGUCCUAUUUGGGGUUAGUUGGCACCAGGCGUCAUUUUAAUAAUGUCCAGCAGUCUCACCAAUAGAUGCAUCCAGCCAGCUUCCUUCUGCACAAGAAUGAACUCAGUGAAUUCCUGUUGGUUUUGUUUCCAAAUGGGGAAACUGGUAUUUUUUUUUUAAGCUGCUCUAUUUUUCUAUUCCUCCAUUACUUUCUUUGUCUUAAUUAGGUUAGGGUUUUAUUAUUGGGGGGAGCUUUUUUUAAGUUAGGAAUUUGUUGAAGGCAAAGGUUACAAGGCCUGGAGAUCUGCUUCUGUAGAUUACAGCUAAGAAAGCCCUAGGGAGCAGUUCUACUCUGUAACACAUGGAGUCACCAUGAGUCGGAACCAACUCAACGGCAACAGGUUUGGUUUGUUGCUUUUUUUAUCCAAAGGGUGGCGUAUACAUCUUUCAUUACCUUCGUGUUUUCAGUGAAUAGCUGAAGAGAGAAGGGCUUUCUUUACUGAGGUUUGGGUUCUGCCUCCCAGCAUAACUAACUGGUUAGCACAGACCUGAGAUCCUUCCGGGGCCAUCUCUGCUUUCUUGAGACUUGGCACCAUCUUUUUAGGGAUAGUCUAAUUGCUGUUUUCUAGCAGACAGAAGAGUUAGAUGCUGGAAGGGAUGAUCUUGGUGGCGGGCCUCUUCCCUGAAGGAUGUUCACAAGGCACUGAAGGUUGGGAUGAGUUGAGGUGGGCCUGUCUGAGGGCCGAGGCCCCACGAUUAGGUCAGUGGUUCCAGGAGCCAUCUCCAGGGGCCUCCAGCUGGCCAGUGUCUGGAGUCCAUGUCCUAAUCUUUAUAACGCGGCUGCUUCUGACUUGAAUUGAUAACCCCUAAUACCUAAUAAAACCAAACAAUACCUCAUUGGUAUCUUACUGAACAGAAUGAAGCUUCUGUUUUCAUUCUUGGAAGGUGUUCCUUGUAGGGCCCAUGGGUGCUGAGAAUCUGGGCAAAUGGUUGUUGUUGGGUGCCAUGGAGUCUUUUCGACUCAUGGCGACUCCUUCAAAUAAUUUGUGGCCUGAAAGUUUCCUGUCCCUUGCCCUGGUUGACAUCACAGCCCUACUGGCUGGGGCUGGACAACAUGUAGCUGGAAAGCAUAAGCAAAUAUGACAAGGAUUUUUAAAAGGAUAACGUGCAGCUUUGUAUACAAUAGUGCAGGUUUAACUAGAGAUAAAAUAGCCUUGACUGAGACUCAGAGAACCUUUGUAAUAUUUGUGUCACAACUUUUCUCCUCUCAAAGGGUUUUUCCCUGGGAGGACUGUACAACCGGAGUCCCUUACUUGUCAAACUGAAAGCUUAAGGCAAAGGGGCCAUGGGCUGAGGCGUCCACCCCUGUGAUCUCCGUGAGCCCCCAUGCCUGGGCAGAGGCCUGAGGACUAAACCCCACUGGGGGAAGGUUAACGAUGGCUUUGGUCCCUUUUAAGCAGCCUACAUUUUAAGGUGGAGUAGAACAAUACUGCACAGAGCAUGGGGCCAGGAGGCUGAACUUUGUCCUGUUUGGGAGGCAAACACUGCCAGCCCAAAGGAUAAGAGGAGGAAGCAAGCUGCUUUGUACCAAGGGCUGCCUAACCCCCUCCUGACCUGGUUUUGCACGUUAACGUCUCAGGGCUUGGGAUUGGGACAGGCGUGGAGUUUGGCUUGGGCAGCUGGCCGCUUGUGCAAUCUGGGAGUUCAGGGGGAACGGCACAGGUCAGAAUGCACAGUCAAGGCUGACAUGCACCCUUCAGAUGCCUUUGGGGCUUCCUAAAUGGGAGCAGAUGGGGGCAGUGGUAGUUCAGUGGUAGAAUUCUUGCCUUCCAUCAGGAGACCUGGGUUCGAUUCCUGGCAGAUGCAUUUCAUGCGCAGCCACCAGACUAAGACAGACUAGGAAGAAAGACCUGGUCAUCUAUUACCAAAAAUUAGCCAAUUAAAAAUCUCAUGGAUCACCAUGGUCCUAACUGCAGCUGAUCGUGGGGAUAGCAGAGGACCGGCACAGGUCAUGCGGAUGGCAAGGACUGGCCGCUAACAGUGAUUGGAAGUGGAGAUAGAGACUGCCCUGCUGGGCGGGGCUGUGGUUUGCACGGGUACCAGGAAUCCCACUCAGGGGACCAGAGUGUUGGGCAGCUCAGGGCCAAAGCGGGGCUGGGCACUGGGACCGGUACGGGGCUGGGGCUCUGGCAAGAGCGAGAAGCUUUCUGGCCUCUUCCCUGUGCCCCCCAGCCCCAGUCAGAGUUCCUGCCACAAAUGCAGACCCAGGCCUGCACCACACCAGAACCAUCUUGCCUCUUCUGGGACAGCUGAAAUUCCGACACCCUCAGUUAGGGACUGAGGCUUACGUAUUCAGUCAGGUUGUGGCUCCUGCCCUGGAUUUAGUGGGCUUAGUCCUGUGACUGAAUCCUCCUUCUGAGUCCUGAUUGCAGAAACUGGGUCUCUGUCUCGUUGCUGGAGGCCCUCCUAUCGCUGACUGGGUGUCUUAGUUACCUAGUGCUGCUAUAACAGAAAUACCACAAGUGGAUGGCUUUGACAGAGAGAAAUUUAUUUCUUCACAGUAAAGUAGGCUAAAAGUCCAAAUUCAGGGCAUCAGCUCCAAGGGAAGGCUUUCUUUCUCUGUCGACCUUCUUAUCAG